AUGGUCGAUACGGAAAAUAAAAAGAAAGAAAAGAAAAACAAACACAUAAACAAAAGUAAGUAUACUCAUGCAACUCUUUGACAAAAUUUGCCUCCUCCUCCGGUUUGUGACAGACCAAGAUUUGUAUAAGCAACUUUCAAGUGCGAUUUGGUGUUAAUAAGCACGAGUGAAAUUUUUUAAAGGCAACAAAAAUACACGAGCCCGUAGGGUACCGGUGUCCAUGGCAGAGGAGGGCGUUUUUUCAACUAGGACUCGAUUGUAAAUGACCCUGAUUUAGAGCUUCUUCUACCCUUACGCGAGGGAUUUUUCAACUGGACUUUCAAAAGGGACUCAGACUUCACUUUCCCCAUGGAACUUACGUUUGUUUGUCGUCAGUAA